UCGGGCCCGCGGAAAUGGGCGAGCAUAAUCUCCUUAAUCCUGGGUUUGUGGGACCUUUGGUAAACAUCCACACGGGAGACACUUUUUACUUUCCGAAUUUUAGAGCAUCCGGCGGACAACUGGCGGGGCUACCUUCUCUCUCCUACCCAAGAAGGGACAAUGUGUGCUCCCUCCCGUGGAAUCCAACGGAGCACUGCAAUGGAUACCCUCAAUCUUACUUUGGAAGCCCUGUCCCCAUUAACCCUUCUUUCAACCGUUCGUGUGAAAUUACCCGGCAGGACGACGGCAAAUGCUACUACGGCAACGGCAGCAUCAACAGGGAGAACUGUUCGGAGAGCGCCGGCCUUAAACGAGAGGACAGGGCAAGGGACGCUUCCUCCAUGUCGUCCGAGCACGGACUUCACAGCGCGAUGGAAAACAGUGGUACCUUUUCUAAAUAUGACUAUGGGGCCCAGCAGCUGACCCAAGACCCACCAUCAUGUCAGUCCCUUGAAUCCGACUCCAGCUCGUCGCUGCUCAAUGAAGGUGGCAAGACCCCCGCCAGCGACGCACAGACUCUGGCGUCGCCGGGAAACCACGCAGGCAGCAUGGCUGCAGGAGGUGCCCCGUGGUACCCGAUCCACACCCGGACCCGCAAGAAACGCAAACCCUACUCCAAACUCCAACUAGCUGAGCUGGAGGGCGAAUUCAUGCUCAACGAAUUCAUCACGAGACAGCGACGGAGGGAGUUAUCCGACCGCCUCAAUCUUAGUGACCAACAGGUUAAAAUCUGGUUCCAGAACCGGCGAAUGAAGAAGAAAAGAUUGUUGCUAAGGGAACAAGCCUUAUCCUUCUUUUAGAGAGCAAAAAAUCGGAAUCAAUUAGCUAAUAUUAUAGCCUGCAUCUAUUGAUCAAAUGUAGCCUUCUGUUAAUAAAUAGCCUUCCUUAAUAACGUAUCACGAAGCAUGCACACAGAGAUCCACUGGAGAUCAAAGGCUAUAUACAACAUGAUAAAAAUGGAACACAUGGGUUCGUAAAGCGCCACAUUCAACAGCACAGUUGACCAAAUACCAGCACAUAAGGUUUGUUAUCGGUUCUGUACAGUCUGUUGGAAGCAGUGGACUGAAUCCUCACUGCGGGCGACAUCCAAAUGCGAAACGGUUCGCAACCGUACAGUUACCAAAAUGACGCCCCCCCCCCAACACACACACACACAC